CUGAUCCAGCAUGGAUAACAGCAGAACAAGAAUGUCAGAAACUUAAGAGUUCAGUUUUUAAGGAUUGUGAAUCUGUGGUUGACCCAUAUCAAUAUGUGGAAAACUGCAAACUGAGCGUCUACAAUAAAGGCAAUGACGAAAAAACCCUGUGCUCAAUCCUUAUCCAUUACGCUGACCAAUGCUUGCGAAAUGAGAUUAACACACAGGUCUACGAAGCAUUCCCUGAGUGUGCUUCCCAAUGCACAGACCCAAAUGCUGUAUUUGUAUCUAAUGGCAGUCUUGCCCAGAGUGACUGUCGAUCACUUUCAGAUAACCUAGUUAUCGACUAUGCUACUGAAUUCUUCCCACCUGGAUGCAUCUGCUCAGAAAAUUACUAUUAUAACUCCCUGACAGACAGCUGUGUCACUGCAGAUAAUUGUCCAUGUUAUGUUGGCACAAAGACCUUCAAUCCAGGAGAAGAAAUCACUGAGGGCUGCAUUUGUAAAGCAGCAGCUUCUUGCAUUUCUCAAUCAAUGAGCGUCGACAUCGCCAUGUAUGGUGAGUGCCCUGAAAAUGAGAUCUUCAUAAGUUGCAUGGAUGACAAAAAGGGCAAGAACUGUGAAGCCAGUUGUGGUAACCUAGAGAUGGUAGGCCAAGUGUGUGGAGGCACAUGUGAGCCAGGCUGUGUGUGCACAUUUGGCUAUGUAAGGAACAAUGUAGGGUCCUGUGUUCCCAUCAGCGAGUGUCCCUGCUCAUUCAAAGAUGAUCUUUAUUUCCCUGGAGAGAGUAUUUUGGUGGAUUGCAACACAUGCACUUGUUCCAAUGGAAGAUUUACAUGCACAGACAAUGUGUGCAGUGCUAUUUGUAAUGCUUAUGCAGAGUCCCAGUUCCUCACGUUUGACAAGUUCUGGGAAAAGUUUCCCCCAGUGCAAUGUGAAAUCAUACUCACCCAG